GGCCGAGCUGAUGUCCAGUCAGUGUGAAGCCCAGCGAGCCGCCCUGGAGCAGAUGGCCAUCAAACUGAGCAGCCUGCACUACCCCCCCUCCACCAGUAGGAGGCUCUCCAGUCAGCUGGCCAGGAGCAACAGUCUGCAGGAGUUUGAGGUCGAGUACCAGGAGCUUUGGCAUUGGCUCAUGGACAUGGACGCCAUGGUAACAGACAGCCACCAGCUGCUGAUGUCAGAGGAGCAGAGACAUCAGCUCUUCAAGAGCAGCCACGCCGAGCUGAUGAUGAUGGAGAGCAGGAAGGCCGGCCUGCUGGGCCGAGCCGAGUCUCUGAAGAGGAGCGGCGUUGAACUACCCAGCAACUUCCACCACAGGAUGCACAACCUGACACACACAUGGAGACAGCUGGAGAAAAUCCUCUCUGAGCACUCAGCACCCAGUUCUUCCCAGCAGAACCAGUCAGCCAACACGCCCUCUCUGCUGGGCAGCGGUGGAGGCGUCCCUGUGCAAAACCCUCGCUCGGCCCUGUCCCCGCUGACCAACUUGCUCCUGGAGCAGCUGGAGGCUCGUAUUAAAGAGCUGAAGGCGUGGCUGCGAGACACCGAGCUCCUCAUCUUCAACUCCUGCCUCCGACAGGACAAAGACGCCUCAGAGCAGCUGCAGAGCUUCAAGUCUCUGUGUUCGGAGGUACGAGCCCGACGCAGAGGAGUGGCCUCUGUCCUGAAACUCUGCCAGAAGCUGCUGCAGCAGAGCCAGUCGGGCCCCAUGGCGGAGGUCGGCCCAGAGGCGGAGCAGCACCGAGAGGCCCUGCAGCUGCUGUCAAUCAACCUGGAGAGGAGGUGGGAGGCGAUCGUGAUGCAGGCGCUGCAGUGGCAGAACAGGCUGAAGAGAGAGCUGGGAGAGCAGCAGGUUCCUGGGAACUUUCUUGAACCGGGUCUAGUUGACCUCCACCACAUCAGCCCAGUCCCAGCUGGUCCAGUGGCACCAGCUCCAGAUGACUCCUGGGAAUGGGAUGAAACAGAUAUGACAAUCACAGAACCGGAGCCACAGCUAGUACCAGAACCUGACCUCACACACAACCUCCCCACAGAACCAGACCUGCCCUCAGACAGUGGUCUGCCUAAUGGGAAUCAGCUCGAUGGGACUCAAACCCCUGUCUCAGCCAGUCACUGUCCUGACAUGAUGUCCAGUAUGAGUGGGUCCUCACCAGAGGCUCAGCCCAGCGUUACCUCCCAGACUCUGCCCCCUAACACCAAUCACAUCUACCAGGUGUACAGCCUCCAUAAUGUUGAAUUCUGCAGACAGCCGCAGUUUCCUCAUGUUCCUUCCUUGCUGUACAAAACCAAGUCAGGAAACCAGAAACAGCAUCUCCUGCUAAAGAGCCUGAGUAAGGACUCCUCAUUCUCCUCCAUCGAAUCCCUUCCGGACUUCCUGGGAGGUUUGAUGUCAAACCACCAAGGUGGAGAUAGGAUCGCUGGAUACAAGGAUGAAGAGAGUGAGCGAGAGGGUGGCAGAGGACGCGGCCAGUCGGCAAACAGUCGGCGGUCAGAGUGCGAGAGCGGGAUUGUCAGUGAUACAGGAGAGACAGAGAUGAUGACAAUCACCUCUGAAACCCAGGGAGUAGACGAGGAGGAGGAGGAAGAGGAGCAGAGGAAGGACGACACUGAUGUGGCUCUGUACAAAAACACUGACACAAAGUACAACCAAAGAAUCAAGACAGUGGAUAACAAGGAGAAAGCAUGGAGGAGGGAUGGCAGCCAGGAUGAAUGCAGGAGAAACAGAGAGGAGGAGAAAGGGAGAAGGCACAGGAAGGGGGGAGGUGUGGCAGUCGAGAUCUUGAUCAACGGGCGUGGGAUCUUGACUCCUGCUGACUCUGACUCUGACUUAGAGGUGGGAGGACUCAGCACAGAGUCCUCCAAGCCCUUCGUGGUUUGCAAUGACAUCACUGAAUUCACUCUUGACCAGUUUAACGGUUUGGCGACUCCUCCCAUUCUUAGCCGCCGGGCAUCAAGUCCAGUAUUGUCUCAGAGCUCCUCUCUGGAGUCCCUGCUGGCCCUGGGUGUGGAGUUAUUCCCCUUCAAAGACCCUCUGCAGCGUAGCAGCUCUCUGGAGAGCGGCCUGGCCCCAUGUCGCGCUGCUGAAGGGGAAGCUGGAGGCAGCCUGAGCAGCCUCGGGGACCUGGACCUGGGGCAGAGCAGACAGGUGGAUGGAGGUGAACCAGGAAAGGAGAAGAUCAGUCAAUGUUUGCAGGGAGAGCCGUCCUCUGGGGAGCUAAGCCGGAGAACCCUUGAUCUUCUGAAACGUCUGGAGAAAAUCCAGAGUCCUCUGGCAGUGAAGAUGACCCGAAGUGUUUCUGACAUGACGCUUCGGAGCAGCUCCCCACAUCGGAGCCACCUCCCCGCCUCCCCCUCUCUAGGUGGCCGACACUCCCCUCUUUCUGGAAUUUCAGACUCUUCGCGCAGGGGACCACCUUCGCUGAUCAACGAGAGUUCAGCAACAGCGUCGCUAACUGAGCUGAGCAGCACCGAGGACUCAUCUCUGGGGUCUGAAGAUUUUGCCAUGCUCCAAAAUCAACGGCACCUUUGCCUGGAUCCCAGUAUGGCAGCAAAUGUCAACUCGAGCUCGCAUAGGAAACGUUGUCGUGGAAACAUCCGAGGAGGGCAAGUGAUGGAUGAAGCAGAUGCAACGAGUUUGAGCAUGGUGGUGAACGUGUCUUGUACAUCGGCAGGCACUGAUGAGGAUGAGGAUGAAAGUGACCUGCUGUCCUCUUCCACGCUCACGCUCACUGAGGAGGAGUUUGGCGUCCGUGACGGAGAGGACCAUGAGGAGGAGAGGUUAAGCGGAGCCUCUUCUGCUAAUGAGGAUGAUGAUGAAGAGGAGAUGGAGGGGUCUUAUGUCCUGGGGAUGGAGUACAUGAAGAAGGAGCUGCAGAGCUGGAUCCGAUCUGCUCGAACCUCCUCUGCCUCCUCACUGAAAACAGAAGCAGGCCUCCGGGAUGAGCUGCAAUGUGGAACCCACCUGUCCGACACCUUCACAUCUUCCUCUCAGCACAAGGAGCAGCACUGUUUUCUAAACCACGCAGCUGCAAAGUUACUAGAAACCAACACUAAUAUUAGCAACACCAACAUGAAAAGAGAUCAGACAGAACAGGAGGAGGAGAACCGGAGAAAUGCAACAAGAAGCUACAUCAGCCAGUUUGUGGACGACGUAGAGAAUGGAAAUGUGGACCAGAGCUGUUUAAAAGGGAGAGAUGAAGAUGAUGAACUCCUCAGAGAGGAGUCGAGUGUGUUCACAAAGAAAGGAGAGUCACUGAGGGAGCUGUACGUGUUUGCCAAAACAGGAGAAUCAGUGCAGGACGUCAGCAACUUGACAGUGGACACAGAAUCAAACUCAGCAGAUCAGCUUUCUUCAGCAGCACCCUGUGAACGUCCCUUCCCAUCCAAGCAUGCUUCCUCUUUGGUGGGACAGCUGAAGUGGGAGCUGCCCUGCCACAGCUCCUCCCUUCCCUCACCUCCUUCUCUCUCACCAGUUGAGGACUGUAGAUCCCACGAUGCCUUGCGCCACGGCGGGAGAAAGGCCAUCACCAUCCAGGAAAAGUUCAAAUUCUCGUCUUUUGUGACAGAGCAGACAAGGACGGAGGUAAUAGACAAAGAAUCAUCGCUGCCUCCCAAGAAGCGGCACAGUUCUCACUCCUGCUGCAGCCACCCUCCCUCCCCCUCCUCCCUCCCUCCAUGCAGUGUAGACGAGGGAAAGAAAGAGAAUGUGCAUGAGUUUGUCAUGGAGAUUAUUGACUUGACCUCACUGGCACUAAAGAGCAAAGAGAAUCAGCCCAAAGAACCGGACCAGACUGAGACCGGCAGGUCCAACCCAGACCAAGGGCCGACGUCACUGGCACAUAUCAGAGACAAGGUCUUCGAACACUCCCACCGACCGCUUCACCUCCGUAAGGGAGACUUCUACUCCUACCUCUCUCUCUCGUCCCAUGACAGCGACUGUGGCGAGGUCAGUCAGUGCUCCGAGGACAAGAGCUCCACUCCGGUGCCCUACAGCAUUCCGUGUUACGUCACGCCGACACAAGGCCUCCACAGCCCCAGCCCUGAGCUGUUUACAAGCUCCGGCUCAGCUCAGGCUUCCAGACGCUCCUCUCCCAACCUUGAGACCAAGAACAGCUUCUGUGCUCUUGAUCUGAGGUCUGAUAACCAGACUCAUGAACACACAGGAGAACCAGUCAGCCCCGCUCUGUCCCUGCCCCCCAGCCCAGACAUCAGGGAGGAGGAGACCCUAUUUCCGACCUGCACUGAGGAGGUGUACCUGGGUCCACCUCUCUGCUACAGCAUGGCGCUCACUAAGAAACCCCAGAGGGACCUGCUGAAGAAGGAUGUGGAGUAUCUGUCCUCCCUGGAUCCUGCCGCUGUGGCACACUCGCCUUGUUCAAAACCAAAGCAUAGUCUUCAGUGUUUGUCUCAAGAGGCGCCCAGUUCUGAACCAGGUCACAGUCUGAGCUAUUUGUCUCCCUCAGAGGAGUUUGCGUUGGACAGAAACCAGGAUCAGGUGUAUUUCCAAAGGUCCAGUCCCACAGUGACAGCAGACGAGGCAUACAGCUCCUCCUCUCCUUUCCUGGAGCGCUGUUACAGCUCAUUUUCCACCUCCUCACCCUCAGUGAGUUUCUCCGCCUCCCUCCAGGGGCCCGGCUCCAAACCUAAAGAUGACAGCUCUUCCUCUCCUCCUCUCUCCUCUGGCGCUGUGGAAGUGAAGCGAGGUGAGGACCUGUACCUCCUCUGUGAUGUCGCUAGAGGAGAAGUCGCGGUCGCUGGGAGUGUCAGCGUGCCGCAGGAGGAGAGGAGUCGUAAUGAGGGGUCUCCUUAUCUUAAUCCCCGUGCGCCUGUCGCCCCGAUAGACUCCUCCGCAGCUGAAUGUUUGGCAGAUACUAAAACGCUUGAAUCCAAUAUGGGCGCCGUAAUGACCAAGAUAAGUGUCUGCAGCUCCGCUACAAAUCCCUCAAAAGAGGCAGCCACCACCGCCACGCGUAUUAAUCCCAAAAUUAACUGCUUGGCGAUGAGAGAGGCUGAUAGGGAGGAGGGGGAGAGGCGAAGAGAGGUGGAUACUCGGCGGGAGAAGCAGGAGGAGAAGGGGAGGAGAGGAUGCAGGGGCUCGCAGCAGGAGGUGAAGAAGCAGAGUCAGAUGAGCUCUCAGUCGGCUGUCAGUCACACCCCCAGACCAGCCCCGGGCCAGAGCCAGGCCUCAGUGAGACUCGCCUCGAGGACGGGGACGGUUAGAAGGCUGCCUGUGCUGGGGGCAGGGACCUCCAGGAUCCAGCUGUGAAGGAGCUCGCUCCGUCUCCCCUCUGCUCUGCUGAUCUGUCCUCUGGGCUUCACCUCUGCAGCCGCCUCCCUGUCUGCUCACGGAGCUUUUCACUCCUCUGAUUUCCCCACUGUCACUGCUCUAACUGAGCUGCUCUGUUGAACGCUGGACUGAGAGCUGACUGUCAUUUCAGGCUGACCUUCAGAGGGAUGCUGUGAUCGGACCCAACAUGCUUCAAAGGGACAAUGAGCCUGCUUUCAGGGGUGAACCUGGAAGUUUCUGAGUGAUGGUGAAGCAGCUUCUAGGGGCUGGCUGAGCAUAGCUUUGAGUUUUUCUGUGCACAGUGAAUUUACAAACAGUUGGAGAUUCAGAUUUCAGGUUAGGAAGAAAAAGAUGUGGUGAAAUUAUAUCCAUCAACAAUUUACAUAUGAUUAUCAUGAUGAUGCUGUAUUUGGGCUACACUGCAAAAAAAAAAAAAAAAAAA